AUUUCUGUGUGUUUGAACUGCACCAAAGAAAUUUAACCUCCCAUAUGAGUCUUCCGCGGUUCCUUUGCCUGCCCCAGGUGAGCAAGCCUUCCAGCAUGGCUGGGUCUGUGGUGACCCUGGACAUUCCUGUAGCGCUUGCGAGAGCAGCCCUGAGAUGGUUUGAGGCCUCACUCUACCCCUUUUCAGAGUGAGGUUGUAGAAUUUCAGACAGGCUGAAUCAGGAGGCCAAAUCGCAUCAAGGCAGAACCACACAGAGCCUAAAACAUGCAUGACAAGCCCUUAACCUGGCCUCCCAGUGACUGCCCCACCUGGUGAUCCGUGAGCAUAAGAAGUGUGAAAAGCAGUGAGGCAUGAACAAUGUUUAUUACAUAAGGAUGGUCAUACUUAGGUCAGAGAAGGGAGUUUACUUACAGGUAGAGAACCAGUGUUGACGAGGCCAAUUCAGUCAGAUCCACGAUACCGCAUCCACCCUAACUGAAUUGGCCUUGUCAGCACUGGUUCUCUGCUUGUAAGGUAACUCCCUUUUCUUCAUGUGCCGGUAUAUUUAUGCCUGGGUCUAUAAUUGUCACUCCAUGCAUCUGAAGAAGUCGGUUUGUUUACCCCCAAAACCUCAUGCCCAAAUAAAUCUGUUAGUCUUUAAGGUGCCACCGGACUCCUCGUUUUUAUUGAUACUGGCUAACAUGGCUACCCCUCUGAUACUUUUCUGAACCCUGUAAUAGUCUUAUCCUUCACUACAUCCUCUGGCAAAGAGUUCCACCGGUUGACUGUGCAUUGUGUGAAGAAAUAUUUCCUUUUGUGUGUUUUAAACCUGCUGCCUAUUAAUUUCAUUCGGUGGCCGCUAGUUCUUGAGUUAUCAGAAGGCAUAAAUAACACUUCCUUAUUAACUUUCUCCACACCAGUCAUGAUUUUAUAGAUCUCUAUCAUAUCCCCUUUUUUUCCAAGAUGAAAAGUCCCAAUCUUAUUAAUCUUUCCUCAUAUGGCAGCCAUUCCAUACCCCUAAUCAUUUUUGUUGCCCUUUUCUGAGUCCAAUAUUUCUUUUUUGAGAUGAGGCGACCACGUCUGCACACAGUAUUCAAGAUGUAGGCGUGCCAUUGAUUUAUAUAGAAGCAAUAUGAUAUUUUUUGUCCUGUCCUUUUCUUAAUGAUUCCCAACAUUCCAUAGCAAAACCUGUUCUACGCCCUCCUUUAGUCUUCUGCCCCCCCUUUCAUUCUGGAUCAUUGUGUUAGGAUUUGUAGGACAGAUCUUGCACUUGUAAUUUUUUGCUCCACAAUAACAAAUCAUACAUUUCUAAAGUUGCUUUUCCGGUGUUACCAUAUCUUGUCUUCCUGCCUGCAACUUGUGGCUUCCCUGUCUCUGUGCUGGUCACAUGGAAGGGCUCAUGCUAUGGAAAGUGGAAUUGGUAGGUAAGCUAAAAACCAGACUAAUUCUGGGCUGAAAUGUCUGAUCUUCUUGCCUAACCCCCACUCCCAGACCUGCCUUGGAGAAACCAGAGUGUCCCAAAGCCAACAUCUGCUUUAAAAGAACCUAAACAAACCCUUGGAGCUUGAUGAGCAGAGAUGGAGCCAUCCGGGGGAACUAUACUCCCCUGAACAAAACAGAGCCUUGCAUGUUGAUACCUGUCAGAAAACAGAGCAAGGUCAUGCAAGGAGUGGACCUAAAAUCUAGCCGUUGUGUUUGGUGCUGGUAUUUGUGUUCAGCACGUUCUCUUUGGCCAGGCUGCCCAAGUCUGAUCUCCGCAUCUUAUGAGUUAAGCGUAGCUGGGUUGGACUGUGGCUGGGUAGGAGAUGUCCAAAAGAAACCCCAGAAUGGUAUCGGCUCAGUCAGAACUCCUGAGUUGGUUUUGAGCAGUGCCCCAGAAUGAUGCUUUGCUGCAUGUAAAAUGGGGAGCUGAGGCUUUGACCACUUGGCAUGUCCUCAAGGGGUGGGAUCAUGUUCUAAGCAUCCAGCUUCAGCUGUCAGGGUGCAGAUCCCAGCAGAGUGGGUUCCACUCCCUACUCUCCAGGCAGAUCAGCUGCUCUCUAUGCGAGUUACUGUGUGCCUCCUUCAGACUGUGCCACGGAACUAACCCUCUCUUGGGAACAGGCCGGGGCUGCUCUGAUUCCACCCUUGCCUGCUCCAUAGUGUCGCUCGCUUUAGGGUGGCUGCCUGCCUUAGGAGUGAGUGAUGCACGUGUGGCUUGUAAAACACUUUGAGACGACAAGGGCAUAAAUAUCUCAGAAGCAUCCUAUGACUGACCUGCCUGGUUAAGUAGAUUCUCCAUCGUCUUCCCCUAACUAAUCUGACUCUUUUUUUUUUUUUUUUCCCCUCUUGUCAUUUUCCUGCCUGUAGAAAGGAUCUCUCCGGUCUGUGGUUGGAGGGGCUGGGCCUGAGGAGUGCACGAUGCUGCGGAGCUAGAAAGCUGCAUUUCCGGUGUUACCAUAUCUUGUCUUCCUGCCUGCAGCUUGUGGCUUCCCUGUCUCUGCGCUAGUCACAUGGAAGCGCUCAUGCUAUGGAAAGUGGAAUUAGUAGCUCCGUAAGUGGCUAUUGGCCAGCAUCCUCGGCAAGAUCACUGCGUGGUGUUUGGGUAGGUUAAGAUUGUUCGUGGCAGAUGGCGAAAGAGUUACAAAUGGAAAUGGAUAUCAGAAAGGUUUUCAAACAACCAGUGCCAGAAGAUGCCCCUGCAUGUGAUAUAGAAAUGGUCCUGGAGGAGCUCCCUGUUGCUAAGAAAAGCAGAACAUGGAAGGAAGAAAAUCGAAAAUUUCAGGAGCAGUGGGAAACACGGUUUCUUGUGUUUCUCAAGCCAUCUCGUUCAAUUUCUGAGCAAGUUGCUGUGUGUGCUGUUUGUAAGAAGGAAAUUCGUCAGAUUAAAAUGUACGCAAUGCAGCGUCACUAUAAGACGCAUGCAGAGGAAGUUGAACAGAAUUACCGUGGUGAGUUUCAGAGGCGCAAGCUGUUACAUGAUGCAAAAACCGAGCUUGAAAGACAACAGCGACUGCCCAGAGAUUUCCUGAGGAAAGCGGAUCAGAUCUGGGUAGCUACUAUUAAAGCGGCACUGCUUUUGGGGCAAGCAAGGAAAUCUUUCGACGACGGAGAACUCGUGAAGAAAAUUGUUCUGGCCGUUCAACCAGAAAAUACGCUUUUCAGAGAGUUACCACUGAGCAACGACACGUUACAGAGGAGCACAAGAGAUCUAGCAAACUUUCUACAAAACGAAAUAGCCGAUAAAGUCGCAGCGAGCCCUUUCUACAGCCUGUGCUUGGUUGAGAGCCUUGAUGUCAUGAAGAAUCCUCAGAUAAUCGUGUGCGUUCGCUUUUUUGACUCUUCUCACUGUUGUUUUACUGAAGGCGUUUUAUGUCAGGUGAGCCUCAUUGAUAGGCCAACUGGCAAACACGUUUUUCGGUGUGUUCAGGCGAGAAUGCAGGAAUGCCGGGUUAGCUUUGACAAUCUGUGCGGCUUGACAGCUGAUGGGGCAGUGGCCAGGCAAGGUGCCCAAGCAGAGGUGUUGAAUUGCUUCCAAGAAAGCUGCCCUCAGACACUUUUUCUGUUUUGCUGGUUUGUCCACCAAGAAGUACUUGCCAGCAAGGCUUCAAUGGAAGUAUGGAUGAGGUCGAAUCCAUAGUGAAAAAGUGCAUCCGUGUCGUGAACACCAGCGAUGUCAAUAAAGAGAGAUUCACGACUUUGUGUGACACGGGCUCUGAGACACACAAGGUGCUGCUGAAUAACAACCUGGUCCACUGGCUUAGUUUUAAUGACAAUGUACAGUGGCUGUUUGAGUUCUGGGGGGAGCUCAUUGAUGUUUUGAACACAGUUUCACCGGAACUGUCCCAAAAGCUACAAGAUCCAGAAGUACAUGGUUGUUUGCUCUUUUUGAAGGAGUUUUUACCGAAGCUUGCGUCCUUGAACCUGGAGCUCCAGAUACCUCAGCUAACAAUAUUUGACCGUGUUGAAGUAGUUCAUACAUUCCGAAUGACCAUCGCUGACAUCGUCCAGCAACUACAAGAGAAACGGGACUUUUCCAUUUUUUCUGAGCUUAGUGGGUUUCUCAGCUGUCAGGAUGAGCGCGUGCAGCGCAAGGUCGGCUCAGCUGUAACCAAAUACCUGCGUAUCCUCUCGGAAGAUCUUGAAAAUUGUUUCAGCGAGGGACACUUUUUCCGUCAGUACACUUUUGUGACGGACCCAUUCAGCAAUUCUGAUUCAGGGUUUUUGGCUGCAGACAAACUAACGGCCUUGCAAGACAGAUUAGCUUCCUUUGCCUCUUUGGAUUUAAGGAAUCUCCCGUAUCUCAUGGUGCACAUGCGUAAUAAUGCAAAGCUGAAAACAUACUUCAGUCAGCCCGGUGUUACAGUGCAGCAAUUCUGGCUCAAAGUGUACCUGUCUGAGGACGCCUACAGGCCUCUAGCUAAAAUUGCACUGCUUUUCUUGUCCCUGUUUUCAACUACUGUGCUGUGUGAGAGGGCAUUUGGUGCACUGCACUGUCUGAAGAGCAAGUACCAAAACGGCCUCACUGAUGCUAACCUGGAAGCUUCCCUUCUAGUUUCACAGGAGACCCGAGGUCCUGCCAACUUUCCAUUCCAAGAGCUGCUGAACUUCUGCAGGUAGUCUGAGCCACACAAUGGCUGUGUUAAUGAAAUUAAAAUUCUGGGGUUUAUCACCCUGUAUUGAUAAAGGACAGUACAACAAGAUCGUUUGUUUGUUACUAUUAUUAUUGCUAGAUUGGACUGAUCUUUUUUGUCCAGGAAAGAGAACGUUUGCACAUAUUUGCAGAUUUUUUUUUCAUUAUUUGGACUUUUAAUUAUGUCAAACCAUUUUUCAGUGUAGUUCCAAACUGUUGUACAGACAUCCACCUUUCAGCAAACAAGUCAGGAAUGUGCCACGCACCUUAUUAGUCUUCUGUUAUAUUGAGCUCCAGUAAAGGAUAGAGACAGCUGGGCAUUUUUAUUACUGAGUCUGAAGAAGGGAAGGGGCGGGGAGGGGAAACCCUACAUAAAUAAAUGACAGUGCCCAGGA